AUGCUGUCAAAGAUUUUGCGACCCCAUCAACGCGAGGGGGUCAAAUUCAUGUAUGACUGUGUGACCGGGCAGCAAAUCCCCGACAACUUUGGUUGCAUAAUGGCAGAUGAAAUGGGAUUGGGGAAAACGCUUCAAUGUAUCACCCUCAUUUGGACCCUUUUGCGUCAAGGUCCCGAAGGCAAACCGACUAUAGACAAAGCAGUUGUUGUGACUCCAAGUAGUCUUUUGAAGAACUGGUACAAUGAAUUCUACAAAUGGCUUCACGGGAAAGUCCAUCCAUUGGCCAUAGANUCGGGCACCAAGGAAGAGAUUGAUCAGAAACUGAGUAAUUUUCUCGCACAGAGUGGUCGUCGGGUUCACAAUCCCAUUCUUAUUAUAUCGUACGAAACAUUCCGAUUACAUGCGCCAGCGUUACAUAAAGGAUCUGUUGGUUUGGUCUUGUGCGACGAAGGUCAUCGUUUGAAAAACUCCGAGAAUCAGACAUAUCAAGCGCUGGUUCAGUUGAAUUGUUCUCGCCGCGUGCUUCUCUCCGGAACUCCAAUCCAAAAUGAUCUUCUGGAAUACUUUAGUCUUGUACACUUUGUCAAUAUGGGUCUGCUUGGUACCGCGGCUGAAUUUCGUCGCAAGUUUGAAGUCCCGAUUCUUCGCGGUCGUGAUGCGGAUGCAACAGAGGAAGAACAGAAAUGUGUUGAACAAGUGGUCUGUUGCAAACUAACCGACAGUCAGCGGGCUGUCUAUUGUGAUUUUGUGUCACGAAAAGCGCUUGAAGUGGCCAAUCGAUUGCGAGAAGCCGGUGGGGGUCGAACGGACAAGGUAUCUCUCUCCAGUUUAGCCUCAAUCACGCAUUUGAAAAAGCUAUGCAAUCAUCCCGAUUUGGUUUAUGAAAAGAUGGCUAGCAAUGCGGACGGAUUUCAAAAUGCGUUAGCUCACUUUCCUCCGGAUUAUCGAAGCUCGCUUGACUCAAACGCACCGUUCCGAGCAAAUCUGUCUGGCAAAUUUCAAGUUUUGGACUGUCUCCUCGCCCUUAUCCGAACCACGACCUCGGAUAAGGUUGUGCUAAUAUCCAAUUACACUCAAACAUUGGAUCUUUUCGAACGUCUUUGUCAAUCCAGAAAAUAUUCGCUAAACGGCAUUCGUAUCAAUCAGUCAAAUCCGCGGUCUUAUUCGUUUAUUCGGUCCGCUUUUCUUUCCUCAAGCUACGUUUAUGUGAGGUUGGAUGGUACGAUGACUAUCAAGAAACGCGCCAAAGUCGUCGAACGUUUCAAUGACCCUACAUCACCCGAAUUCAUUUUCAUGCUAAGCAGUAAAGCAGGUGGAUGUGGUUUGAAUCUCAUCGGGGCGAAUCGGUUGGUCAUGUUCGAUCCAGACUGGAAUCCAGCCAACGAUGAACAAGCCAUGGCUCGUGUGUGGCGUGAUGGUCAGAAAAAGGAGUGUUUUAUCUAUCGACUCAUUUCGACCGGGACUAUUGAAGAGAAAAUGUUACAAAGACAAGCACAUAAGAAAGCAUUGAGCAGCUGUGUAGUGGAUCAGCAAGAAGAAGUUGAACGUCAUUUCAGUCUUGGUGAUUUGAGGGAGUUGUUUUCAUUCCACUCGGAAACAGUAUCAGACACACAUGACCGUUUCAAAUGUCGCCGCUGUGUGAACCUGGUCCAGAUGAAACCGCCACCGGCCGAUUCCGAUUGUAACUGUGAUUUGUCCAUGUGGAAUCAUUGCUACGGAAAGAAGCAUUUACGUGAUAUUGUGCUCAAAUCCACCUGGGAUACCGAUUGUAUUUCCUUCGUGUUCUGGCACUACUCGCACGAAGAACAACGGACUACAGUCUAG